GUUGUCGUUGCUCCGCUAAAGCCACAGCCUCAACCCCAGGCCUCAACAAAUGGCACCCCAAAGCUCUCCUCUGCCCUCGACGCAAGCGAAGAAGCAAGCUUCCAUCUCAAGCUUCUUCACACCUAAGUCAUCAGCGCCGAAAUCCUCACCACCUGCCCCGGAAGCUACCACCAGUGGCGGACACAAACCAGUAAGUAAAGAGCAUGGAGACUCUGUGCGCUCAACAUCGGGCACAAAGCGAUCUCGUGAGGAUGGAGAAGAGCAUUCACCACUAGCCCGACCUCAAUCGAAGAAGAAGCGUCCUUUGAUGGCAUCUGCUAGCAUUGAUGACAGCUUUGAGGCGGGGACUCUCCCCAUGACCAAUGGAUGCACUGCUUCCAGCUCUGCAACACAAAAGAAUGCGAAUGGGUUGAAAGUCUCGGGGCGAACGUCCAAAUACCUCUUCUCGAGCUCACCUCUGCACGAUGAGAACGAAAGCGACCAGGAUACAGAGGAGAAGAAGCAAGAGAAGGACCGCCUACACCAGCGCUUUGUCAGGAAGCUGGGUAGGCCAGAGGCUAUGGCAGAGAUCAGACGACGCAAUCAUACCGGCACUGAAGACCCCGCCGCUGCUGAGGAGGGCGAGGAAGAGGAGGGCGAGGAAGAAACCCCAGCACUGAAAGGCAGAGGAAGGAGAUUAGCUGCAACAAAGAAGCCCAAGACACUUACACCUAUGGAGAAACAAGUGGUGGAACUCAAAAAGAGCAAUAUGGAUACACUUUUGGUCGUAGAGGUUGGUUACAAAUUCAGGUUUUUCGGUGAAGAUGCUAGAAUAGCAGCGAAAGAACUGAGCAUCGUAUGUAUACCUGGCAAGUUUCGAUUCGACGAUCAUCCAUCAGAAGCACAUCUCGAAAAGUUUGCGUCUGCAAGUAUCCCCGUUCACAGACUGCACGUCCAUGUCAAGCGACUGGUUGCAGCCGGACACAAGGUCGGCGUAGUCAGGCAAUUGGAAACGGCUGCAUUGAAGGCAGUCGGUGAUAACCGCAACACGCCGUUUGUCAGGAAACUUACCAAUCUGUACACAAAAGGCACGUACAUCGAUGAUGUGGAGGGCCUGGAGGGAUCUUUGAACACACCUAGCGACCAGGCCCCUGCCACGGGAUAUCUGCUCUGCAUGACAGAAACGAACGCAAAAGGUUGGGGUGAUGAUGAGAAGGUUCAUGUUGGCAUAGUUGCUGUGCAGCCUGCGACUGGCGAUAUUAUAUACGAUGACUUCGAGGAUGGCUUCAUGCGGAGUGAGAUCGAGACGCGCCUUUUGCAUAUCGCCCCUUGCGAAUUUCUCAUUGUUGGAGAAAUGUCGAAAACGACGGAGAAGCUAGUCAGUCAUCUGUCGGGAAGUAAGACAAACGUGUUUGGCGAUCAGGCCCGCGUAGAGAGAGUUGCAAAGAACAAGACUAUGGCUGCGGAAGCCUUCAGUCAUAUCUCCAAUUUCUAUGCGGAUAGAGUGAAGACGGAAGCAGGUUACUCUGCGAACACAGAAACUGCCACACAUGUCCUCGAUCAAGCACACCAGCUAUCUGAGCUCGUAUCAAUAUGCUUGUCAGCUAUGAUCAAGCACAUGUCUGAGUAUGGUCUCGAACAUGUGUUUGACCUGACUAAAUACUUCCAGCCAUUCAGUGCACGAUCACAUAUGCUGCUGAAUGGAAACACACUUACGAGUCUGGAGAUCUAUCAGAAUCAAACUGAUCAUACUGAGAAGGGCAGUUUGUUCUGGUGUAUCAAUCGCACGAAAACAAGGUUCGGUCACCGAUUGCUUCGCAAAUGGGUAGGCAGGCCUUUACUCGACAAGCUGCAGCUUGAAGACCGCAUAGCUGCAGUGGAAGAACUCAAGAAAGGAGAACACACUAUCCCUGUUGAUAAGCUGAACCAUGUACUAGGUGGUAUCAAGGGAGACCUUGAGAAAUCUUUACUUCGAAUAUACUACCAAAAGUGCACGCGCCCAGAACUCCUGAACGUACUGCAAUCCUUACAGGCUAUAGGCAAUCACUACGCUGGCGUGAAAGGCCCUGAGUCCGCUGGAUUCAGGUCUUCAGUCUUGAAUGAAGCCAUCACUGCUCUUCCCAAAAUUUCUGAAGAUGUGGUCGGCUAUCUGGAAAGAAUAAAUCCUCAAGCCGCCAAAGUCGACGACAAAUAUAACUUCUUCCGUGACGAGUACGACACCGAAGACAUCGUUGCUCACCGCUUAGGAAUUGCGACCAUAGAAAGCGAACUCGACCACCAUCGCGCCGAAGCUGCUGAGAAGAUCAAGAAGAAACGUGUCGACUACACCACCGUCGCUGGCAUCGAAUAUCUCAUCGAAAUCGACAACAAAGAAUUAAAGAAUGUUCCAGCAUCCUGGCAGAAGAUUAGCGGCACAAAAGCCAAAUCGCGAUUUCACACUCCCACAGUCAUCGCAAAAAUUCGUGAACGCGACCAACACAAAGAAUCGCUCGCCGCCGCCUGCGACACCGCUUUCAAGACCCUCCUCACCGACAUCAGUACUAGAUACCAAUCUCUACGCGACUGCAUACAGGCCCUCGCCCACCUCGACUGUCUCCUCAGCCUGGCCACCGUCGCCUCGCAACCUGGCUACACGAAACCUACCUUUACCACCUCCCAAACAAUCGCGGUUCAAGGCGCUCGCCACCCCAUGGUCGAACACCUCCUCCUCGACGCCUACGUUCCCAAUGAUAUCCACCUCUCGCAUGACCCCAACACCGCCCCCCGCGCCCUUCUUCUCACCGGCCCAAACAUGGGCGGCAAGAGUUCAUACGUACGCUCUGUCGCCCUCACAAUCAUACUCGCCCAACUCGGCUCCUACGUACCUGCGUCCUCAGCAUCUCUACCCCUCCUGGAUGCCGUCUUCACCCGCAUGGGCGCACAUGACAACAUGCUCGCUGGCGAAAGCACAUUCAUGGUCGAGCUCUCCGAAACCGCAGAUAUCCUCAAGACUGCCACCCCGCGCAGCCUGGUCCUCCUGGACGAAUUGGGCCGCGGCACGAGCACGCAUGACGGCGUUGCCAUUGCCAGCGCCGUACUGGAGUAUGUCGUCCGCGAGAUAGGCUGCUACACUUUGUUUGUCACACAUUACCAGACUCUGGCCCAUACUACAAAACGCUUCCCCGCUGGCGAGCUGCGCAAUGUGCAUAUGCGCUUUCGCGAAAAUGAAGGCGUAGAGGAGUCGGAAGGUGAGGUGACAUUCUUGUAUGAAGUCGGCGAGGGCGUCGCGCAUCGCAGUUAUGGGCUUAAUGUAGCGAGACUGGCGAGGGUGCCGGGAAGUGUGUUGGAGGUUGCGAGGGAGAAGAGUGGCGAGCUUGAGGGCAGGAUGAGAGGAGUCCUAGUGGGCAAUGUUGUGAACCUUGUAGCAAGGGUGAUGGAGGAGGGCGAUGAGGAUGCGGUGGACAUGCUAGUAAGGGGUAUAGAGGAGCUGUAGAGAUGGAGCAUACCGGCCAAUGGGCAACAUCGCCAUGUCACACGUUUAUGUAUCGGAUG